AAAAGUACCACCGGAAGUAAAGAUGAUUUAGCGCGCUCUUUCAAAACAUGGGACAAAUAUCUGUAGAAUAUAUCGUAUCUUUCAGUUCACAGGAUGACAAAUUCAAAGUUAAUAACUUAAUAAGCAAUGGGGGCUUUAAGAAAUGGCUCACUUCAGCUGCGGAUAAAUCGGGACAAGCAGAAGUAACACUCCAACUGAAAAAGGCUGUCUACCUUUCGUACAUAGAUCUAGGCACAAUAUGGUGUGCUACAGUGGAGAUCAAGGUCGGGCGCUCAGAGUGGCUGCUGAAUCAGGAAUUUGUUACCUUGGCCCCCACCUCUAGUGUGAUGACCCCCCAGGAUUGUAGGCUGGAGUCCAGCUUCAACAAAACACGCAUGUUUGGACCAACUGACUUUGCCACGGAUGUUUUGAAACAGAAAUGGGACAGGGUGAAAAUCAUCUGUCGCCAACCUUUCCGAAGAAAUGUACAGAUGGGGUUAUCAUUUGUCUGCUUUAAGACAACAGAAGCUGAUGCAAUUUCUUCUCCAGAAAAUAAAUUAAACACACCAAAGUCUGUCAAGUCCAUCCAGAAACAUUUCUUUGGGAAGUUAUCCUCCAGUGAUGGCAAAACCAAAGAACUGAAAUCUAGAUUAAUGAAGAUAGCAGGGUCGGGUGAAGAUGGAGUUGGACAGGAGCACUGUCUGAACAGGACAGCUAAACUGGUUCUUGCUGCAUCAGGAAGUGUGAACAAGCUCUCAGUCCCUUCUAAACUCGAGUCCCCUGAAGGAAAAUCAAAACUGUACUCGAUGCAUACAGCUCAGCAGGCAUCGCCACAGUUUGAGGAACAAGCCCUCACAUUUCUAGAUGACCAUGAGUUUAAGAGGGAAGAACUGGACAAAAUCACAAUAGCAGAUAUAAGGCACAAGUUUGAGAAGAAACUAAAAAGAAAGCUUACAGUAGAAGAAAAAAAGGUGUUCAUUAGACUGAGUCAAGAAUAUAUUUGUGAGAUAUUCAUGAACAAUAAGAAUGGAAAUGAUGAAAAUGACAGUGCAGGGACAGGACAUUCUAGAAUUGAGUGUAAACAGACUGAAUCCAUGUCUAAUGAAUCUCCUGUGCAAAAAGACAAGAGUAAAAUUGUAGAUAAAGUUAGUGAAAAUCCAUCAUCAAGUUUACAUAUGACAAAAACUGGACCAUCUCAUAAACAUGGCAGACAUGUUGAUUCAUUGACAAGUCCCAAGAGAGUAAAAUCGAGCUCCUUUGUGGGUAAGACAGUCUGUAGCCGACCCGUGAACCCUCAUCCACCUUCAUCCACUGAUGAUCAGUGGCUGAACUGUUCCACUCCGCCUAGCAGCGGAAAACGGAAAAGGAACAUCAGUGGGUCGGAUAGCAAGUUGAACAGGGGAGCCAAGCGACAGCAGCUGGAGGAUGAGGAGAGGAGUUGGCUGGGGAUGGAGGGGGUGGGGAGGUCGAGGUGGGUGUCUACAGCAGCAGGGUCAGCCACAGGGUCAUCUGGGGGAAAGGGCAAAGGGAACUUUGGCAAACCAAGGAAAAAUAAUAAAAUCAACAUAGGAGGAAGAAAAAAUAUUGAGCAGACGUCUGCUGAUACCUUUGGAAACCAACAGCCUGACAUCUGCCUAGUUGAAACAGUCUUACCAGAGGUGGCACCAGUAUUUGAGGAGUAUACGCUGGACUCUCCGUCAGCCUUUGUAGAAUGUCCACUCUGUUCUGAAUUGUUCUCCAAGGAAACAAUAGAAGUACAUGCUGCUGUCUGCAUGGUGUGAUUUCUGGCUAAAGUCUCUUAGGACAUGGUCAGCUCAGAUUCAUGUGUUUGGAUAUCAUUUCCUACAGAGUUUAGAUGUCAUUUUUUACCAUUCAGAUCAUACAUUAAUGUGCAUUGAAUAUAUUUCUUGCUGCUAAGACCUUUCUUUGUUAGAUGAUUUGUUUAGAUACAUGUACAUUCAAAAUCUCAGGGUAAAGAACAUUUUCUGCUUAGGCUUAGAUGUCGGAGAAUAUCAUAAGCCUGUUCAUAGAUAGUCAUCAGCAUAUGUAUAAACAGGAACAUGGAAACGUGUUCAUUCUGAUGCCAAGAUUAGUUCACAAACUACUUGGGUUAAUUUUUUUUUUUUGGGGGGGGGAUUAACUUUGAUUUUUUUCACUGUUAAUGAAUACAGUUUAAAAUUUUUAUUCUUGCAAAAAACUAGUACCUACUUUUUUGAACAAAAUAAAAAACCAUUAAAUAACAAAAUGUUGUUAAAUUUAAUUACCAGUAAUACUUUCUUUUAUUUGAAAUUGUUCAGAAAGUGGUUAUUGGAUAUUUAUGGAAAUUCCCAAGGUGUUUGAAAGAAUUGCCUGCUGGUCAUUCAAUGUACAAGUUUAUUUUUUAAUAUUUGGUAUUAAAAUCAGUCAUUGUAUGUUUGAGCCAAUGAUUUUUAAAGAUUUUAGCAAUGGGAUGGAGUGAUAAAAGUUUGUGUUUUAGAGACAGAAUAUUUUAAUCAUGUUAGAUUUUAAAACUUGGAUUAAGAGUGGAAGACUAAUUCGAUUAUAUAUUAAGUAGAUAUAACCUAAUUGUGGAUAUUUCCAAGCAUUGCUUGAUAAUUAUAUGAAUUAAAAAACCAUUAAGGGAAAGAAUAUUUUGAAUGUUUCUCUGUGGAAAAAAAAUUGUUAAAUGACCCAGUUUAUGGAUACGUAUUUACAGUGUGUACAAUACAUUUUUAAAAGUGUUUUAAGCGUUAAUUAGCUCUGGAUGGAAAGUUUAUGAAAUAUCACACUAAAAAAAGCAAUAUCUUGUGAUUACACACUACAGCUGAUGUUUUAUUGUUGAAGCAAAAAAAGUUAAUGGGCAAGUUUUCAAGCAUUGCUGCAUAAGGUCUACAUGUAAUGCUGCCAUAUGAAUUAAUUUUAUUGAAGAGGGAAAUAAACCAGUUUCUAUUUAAUUUCAAGUCAUUAUAUGAAAAUUGAGUUAUAUCUUUUUGCAAAUCUCAUAAAAAGCCCGUCUGCUACAUUAUGUUUUAAAAUUGCUGUUAUUUUGUUAAGCAUAAAUUGAUCUAAAAAAUGUAAACAGCAAUAGACGGAUUUUAUUGUUCACUUUAAGGAGAUUGACACUCGAGUGUCAAUGCUCCAGUUGUUUCAUGGCUAACAGUUGAAAACCUAUGUACAUUGUUGUUAAAAUUUUGGAAACGGGGUAUAUUUUUUGUUAUUUUUUUUUCCAAUUUACAUUUAACACAAGUUUAGAUAAGUCGGUAUUUAUUAUGAUUUGAAUACAACUUAAUAUUUAUUUUAAAUAGUGCUGAAAAUAUGGAAUGGAAUGGUCGUAAGGCUCAAUUGAGCUCUUCUGAUUAAAAUUACAGUGGUCUCAUUGUUUGAAAAAAAAAUAGUAGAGUGGAAAGAUUAAUAAAGGAAGCUGUGCAAGUAACUGAUAUAGUGUAUAUUCAAGUUUGUCCAAACUUUGACAUGUCACACGUACGCUUGUGAAAAAUGCAAAGUUCAAACUUUGAGCGUUGGACAAUAGUGGAGCUUCUGGAGGGGUGUAAACUGCCAUGUUGGAGUUUAAUGCAAAUAAUUUUCUGUUGAAGUAUAUAAUUGCUAAUUUGCUAGAGUUAGUGGAAUUAAGAGGCUUUUUUCUGUAUUUCGUUUAAAAAACUUAAAAAAACGGAACUUAAUUAAGUCAAAAAGGGCGAUGCGCCGAUGGGCGUUGUUUGUUUAAAUUCACAUCUUAGAAAUGCAUUGUAUCUGUUGUAUUUUACCAAAAAAACAUCAUUCUUUGUUCACUUAUAUUUAUCUACUGAAAGAAAAUACACAUGUAUAACUGCU